UCAUACUACCAAUUUCCCGCCUAAAACCCAGCUGCAAAAACGAAAAUUACUACAAUAACACAGCGAAAUCAACAAAAAUCAAGCUGUUGUAAUGUCCGAAUCGCCUUCUGGUCCGCGCGUCAAGCGUCAGCGCAUAGACAAAAAUGGUAGAUUUGCCGCCCUGGAGCGACUGCGUCAGCUGAAGGGAACGAAGAACAAAUGCCAGGUGGAGGACCAAGUGGACGAUGUGUACGAGGUGGUGGAUGAGCGGGAGUAUGCCAAGAGGGCACAGGAGAAGUACGGCGAGGACUGGAUCGAAGAGGAUGGCACUGGCUAUGCCGAAGAUGGACGCGACUUCUUCGAAGACGAAGAUGAGUACUCUGAUGAAGAGCCAAAGGAUUCCAAAAGGAAGAAGGGAGUUGCCCCGGCCAACAGCAAAAAACGGCCCCGAGAAGUGGAAAAACCCGCCAAGGGCAAGGCCUCCAUUAAGAAUCUCUUCAGCAACGCCGUUCCCAAAAAAGUGGACAUCAAAAACAGUGUGAAAGACGACGAUAUUCUGGCUGAUAUUUUGGGAGAAAUUAAGGAGGAAAAGCACGAAGAAGGAGAAACCACCGGAAAAGUGGAAAAGGUUAUAGCUCCAGCAAAGAUUGCAGUUGCCUCGCGAAAAUCGGAUGCUGCCGCUGCCAAGGAAUACAUGAACAGUUUCCUCAACAACAUCAAAGUCCAGGAGCAGGAGCGAAAGAAAGCGGAGGCCAGCAGUGAUCACGAAAUGCUGGAACGCAUUCUUAAACCCAAGGCAACGGUUCCCAAUAAAAAGGUGGCCACUACCUUUUCCACUUCACAAAUUAAAAAGGAACCUGUACCGGCUGCCAAGGAAAAGGAAACCCCAAACGAAGAUCCCUUUUCCGAUAAUGAUAUGGAUUUCAGUUGUCUGGACGAUGAUGAGAACCAGUUUGAUGUCGAAAAGGAAAAACCAAAACCAAAGGAGAAUCGUAAAGAAGCAGCGGCGGAAAAGGUGGUAGAAGAAAAGAAACCAUCCGAAAAAGUGGUUGCAGUGGAAGCAACUGAUGAUUCACCCGAGGAUAUGAGCAAGCUACUCAGCAAUUGGGAGUCCAUCUGCCAAAUGGACGAUGACUUUGAAAAGUCAGUGCUUGCCGGGGAUCAGGCGGAGUCCGAGUCUUCUACCUCUGCUUCCAACGAGCAACACUUGCGCUUCUGGUAUUGGGAGGCCUGGGAAGAUCCCAUUAAGCUGCCCGGUGAAGUCUUUCUCUUCGGACGUACCGCCGAUGGAAAGUCUGUGUGUGUUCGAGUCCAGAAUAUUAAUCGAGUUUUAUAUUUGCUGCCGCGACAGUUUCUUCUCGAUCCCAUUUCCAAGGAGCCCACCAAUCAAAAGGUAACCGUGGCGGACAUCUACAAGGAGUUCGACAGCGCAGUGGCCAGUGGCCUUAAAUUGGAAUCUUUUCGUUCGCGGAAGGUGAGCAAGAGUUUCGCCCACCAUGCCAUUGGCAUUGAAGUGCCACAGACGUGUGAUUACCUGGAAGUUCACUACGAUGGCAAGAAGCCAGCGCCACCGAUCCUGCCUUCUGGGGAAAAAUACGCUUCCAUUGCUCAUAUCUUUGGUUCCACCACCAAUGCUAUGGAACGUUUCCUGCUCGAUCGGAAGAUUAAGGGCCCUUGUUGGUUACAGGUGAGUGGCUUUAAGGUCCCUUCCGCUCCCAUGAGUUGGUGCAAAACCGAGGUGACCCUUGCGGAGCCCAAGAAUGUGGAAUUGGUGCAAGAAACCAGAGGGAAACCAGCGCCACCCCCGGCCAUAACACUGCUGGCGCUCAAUGUUCGCACAUCGAUGAAUCCGAAAACCAUGAGAAAUGAGAUAUGUAUGAUCUCGAUGCUGGCACACAAUCGUUUCCAUAUUGAUCGGCCUGCCCCACAGCCGGCAUUCAAUCGUCAUAUGUGUGGCCUGACACGUCCAGCGGUGGUCAGUUGGCCCCUGGAUUUGAAUCUGGAAUUGGCCAAAUACAAGUCCACGAAGAUCUAUAAACACGAUUCGGAGAGAGCUCUCCUCAGUUGGUUUCUAGCUCAGUACCAACAAAUUGAUGCGGAUCUUAUUGUGACCUUUGAUGCCAUGGACUGUCAGCUGAAUGUGAUCACGGAUCAAAUUGUGGCCCUAAAGAUACCCCAGUGGUCCCGAAUGGGUCGUCUUCGGAUGACGCAAUCCUUUGGUAAACGUCUACUCGAUCAUUUUGUGGGUCGAAUGGUGUGCGAUGUGAAGCGUUCGGCGGAGGAGUGUAUUAGAGCCAGAUCCUAUGAUCUCCAAACUCUGUGUCAACAAGUUCUAAAGCUGAAGGAAUCGGAGAGAAUGGAGGUGAAUGCCGAUGAUCUGCUCGAGAUGUACGAGAAGGGAGAGAGCAUCACGAAACUUAUAUCCCUGACGAUGCAGGAUAAUUCGUAUUUACUCCGAUUAAUGUGCGAACUGAACAUUAUGCCUUUGGCCUUGCAAAUUACGAAUAUUUGUGGCAAUACCAUGACCAGGACCCUCCAAGGCGGUCGCUCUGAAAGAAAUGAGUUCCUGUUGCUCCAUGCAUUCCAUGAAAAGAACUAUAUAGUGCCGGAUAAGAAGGCGCCUGCAAGAAGAGGUGCUGCAGGCGGUGGCGAUAUGGAAGCGACAUUGGCCGGUACAGAUGCCACUUUGCCGGCUAGGAAAAAAGGUGCCGCCUAUGCUGGUGGCUUGGUCUUGGAACCAUUGAAAGGACUCUAUGAAAAGUUUGUCCUGCUAAUGGACUUCAACUCGCUGUAUCCGAGCAUCAUUCAGGAGUACAACAUAUGCUUCACCACGGUCCAGCAGCCGGUGGAUGCGGAUGAGCUGCCCACGCUGCCGGAUACGAAAACCGAUCCUGGCAUAUUGCCGCUGCAAUUGAAACGUUUGGUGGAGUCACGAAAGGAGGUGAAGAAGCUAAUGGCAGCGCCGGAUCUCUCACCUGAACUCCAGAUGCAGUAUCACAUUCGUCAGAUGGCCUUGAAGCUCACAGCAAACUCCAUGUACGGUUGCCUGGGUUUUGCACAUUCCCGAUUCUUUGCCCAGCAUCUGGCUGCCUUGGUUACCCACAAGGGCAGGGAGAUCCUCACAAACACCCAGCAACUGGUCCAGAAGCUGAACUACGAUGUGGUUUACGGCGACACCGAUUCCCUGAUGAUCAACACCAAUAUCACGGACUACGAUCAGGUCUACAAGAUUGGCCACAGCAUCAAACAGAGUGUAAACAAAAUGUACAAGCAGCUGGAGUUGGAUAUCGAUGGAGUAUUCUCCUGCCUGCUUUUGCUGAAGAAGAAGAAAUAUGCUGCCGUCAAGUUGAGCAAAGAUUCAAAGGGUAACCUAAAGCGGGAACAGGAGCACAAGGGUUUGGACAUUGUCCGUCGCGAUUGGUCCCAGUUGGCCGUGAUGGUUGGCAAAGCUGUGCUCGAUGAAGUCCUUGCCGAGAAGCAGUUGGAGGAAAAACUGGAUGCCGUUCAUGCCCAGCUGGAGAAGAUCAAAAAUCAAAUAGCAGAAGGUGCUGUACCGUUGCCCCUCUUUGUUAUCACCAAGCAGCUGACACGUGCACCCCAGGAAUAUGCCAAUAGUGCUUCAUUGCCCCAUGUCCAGGUGGCACUUCGGAUGAAUCGGGAACGCAAUCGUCGUUACAAAAAGGGCGACAUGGUGGACUAUGUAAUCUGUUUGGAUGGCACCACAAAUGCCGCCAUGCAGCGGGCCUAUCACAUGGAAGAACUGAAGAGUAGUAGCGAGGAGAAGAAGCUGAAGUUGGAUACAGACUACUAUCUGGGACAUCAGAUCCAUCCGGUGGUCACGCGCAUGGUGGAGGUGCUCGAAGGUACCGAUGCCAGUCGCAUUGCCGAAUGUCUGGGCAUGGAUCCAACCAAAUUCCGACAAAAUGCACAAAGAACCCAGCGUGAGAUCACAGAACAAUCAGAAGGUGAAUCCCUGCUCAAGACCACCCUUCAGCUAUACCGCCUGUGCGAACCCUUCCGCUUCCAAUGCGUGGCAUGCAAGACGGAGCAGCUUAUGGCCACUGCCUAUCGACCGGGACCAAAUAAUUCACACGUUCCCGUGUUGCAACAAUGCUCGAAUGCCGAGUGCCAGACUCCACCGAUUCAGUAUUUGGCCAGCGUUCGAAAUCAGUUACAGCUCACGAUACGGCGACAUGUCCAGAGAUUCUACAAGAACUGGCUGGUGUGCGAUCAUCCCGAUUGCAACUACAAUACCCGCACCCACACCCUGAAGAAGGAGAUGCGGCGGCCGUUGUGUCAGAAAUGCCGGAGUGGCAGCCUGUUGCGCCAGUAUACAGAGCGGGACCUGUACAAUCAGCUCUGCUACCUACGCUUCAUGUUCGACCUGGGCAAGCAGCAGCUGCAGCAACAGAAAGCCACCUUAACGCCAGAGCUGGAGCAGGCCUACCAGCUACUGUACGAAACCGUGGAUCAGCAACUGCAGACCUCCUCUUACGUGGUCAUCUCGCUGAGGAAACUCUUUGGUCGAACCCUUACACUGAUGGCUCUGCAGCCGCCGAAGCCCAGGCCCCACAACGAAUUGAUAGCCAGCACAUUGGCCGAUGUCUAAGGUGUGUGUGUUUUAAUUAAUUAAUUAACUAGCCUUUGUAAAGCAGCAGUUCGGUUAAUAAAUCCUACAAAACAUAAUAAUUAA